CUCAAUUACCAUACGAGAAAUGGAUUUCUGAACAUCUGAAUUCUUCCUGUCCUUUCGGUGCAUAUCGCUUUCCGUCCCUUGCAGGCCUAGUAGAGCUCUGGUGUUUCGUCGGACACUACCGUGCUUAUCAAUCAGUAUCCCGCGUCACCCGCAUUGUAUCGGGGUAGUUCUUCUGCCGCGACUAUGGAAAAUAGUGCUGAAUUAGAGUCGUUUCGACGCCAGUGGCGCGAGGAAGUUGCACAUCGGACGAAGACGAAUAAUUCUAGCACUCUGCAGGCUAAGCCUACCACGAGCACCUCGAGUGUACGGCCAAGUCAGUUCCCUCCAGCUCGCCACGAGGCAUCGCAACGCAAAGAAGAGGACGAGGAAGGGACAGCAGCCUUUGGUACCACCGAAAUUGUCCAAGGCGUCGGCCAACUCAAUAUCGCCCAUGAUGAGGAUGCUUUCCACUCGCAAGAAGCACGGAAAGAACCUACAUCGGCCCUAGAGCACUUCGAACGAGCGGUUGAGAAGGAGGCGGAGGGCAAUCUGGGAGACAGUUUACAACAUUACCGUAAGGCAUAUAGAUUGGACUCCGCUGUUGACAAGACCUAUCGUAACAAGCACUUUGCCUGGGCGUGGAAGAAACCAGCUCAAACCCCGGCUCAUCCAGCGAAUAACCCCUCAAAAGACCAACAAACUCAAGAUGAGCCUGAAGUCCUACCGACACCUGAGCUCAUUGCGUCUUUUGCCCAUCUCCCUAUCGCACAACCAGAGCCUCUUUUCAAGGGAGACCCCCAACCUCCGUGUCCCAUCGCACAUGUUCCAUCGGAGGUCAUCGUCGAGAUUUUAAGGCAUGUGGCCGUGAUGGACCCUGCAGCAAUGUACCGGAUGUCCCUGGUUUGCAAACGUUUCGCAUGGCAUUUCGCCCACGAACAGCACAUCUGGAAACGGCUUUGUCAAGGCUCUGAAUUUGGCUUCAAAUCCAUGCAUUAUUCAUUUUCGUGUGACAUCCUCGGGCACCCAGAACAUACACUCAGCUCUCGUUCGCGCUACACUCCGUUCCCUAAUGGCACUGCUCAGAUCCCUAAGCCUCUCUCUUCAUGGAGCGAGGUCUUCCAAAUGUUUCCUCGAAUCCGCUUCACGGGCAUAUACAUUAGCACGGUUAACUAUACUCGCGCCGGUGCCGCUUCGUUCUACCAAAAUGUGACGUGGAACUCUCCGAUCCAUAUCGUCACGUACUACCGGUACCUCCGCUUCUAUCCGGAUGGAACAGUCCUUGCCUUACUAUCCACCGUAGAGCCCCUGGACCUGGUACCCCAUAUCAGCAUCGAAAAUGUUCUAGAAGCUCGAGCAUCUCACAAGCAUCACCGACGUCAACCUUUGGAUGCAGGUAAGACGGUGGCAGGAGCCCCGGACCCGAUACCAGCAGUCGCGAUGAGACCCUUAAGGGAUGCUCGUCGAGGUCGUUGGCGCUUGGCCAAUCCUUUCCCACUCUUUGACACACCUGGAGAUGGUGUGCAAAUGGAAAGUGGCCCGCCAUCGGUAUACGGAGGCAAAGAUUUGUCGGGUGAGGCUUCUGAUCCCAGAGAUGUCAUUAUCGAAACGGAAAGUGGAGGCUCGAGCAGCAUCAAUGUUCUUCACAUGUCACUGCGGUCAUCGACAGCGCAUCGGUCUGCCAAUUCUACCACCACGCCUUCAAACGCAUCAAAGAACACAAAACUGAUCUGGAAGGGUUACUGGAGCUACGAAAAACUUACCGAUGACUGGGCCGAGUACGGGCUUCGCAAUGACCGUGCGUUCGUCUUCCGACGCGUUCGGGGAUGGGGUAUGAGCUAAUUUUCUCGGUGAGGGUGUACUCCGUAUAGACGACGGCAAAAUAUUUAGAACAUAGUUACGGGCAGCGGUUUGAUUUAUUUUCUUUUUUUCUCGGGAAAAACGGGGCGUCGUGGAA